AUGAACCCAUUCGAUGCGCAAACGCAUGCUGCCCGUUUGUCUGACAUGGUGGAAGAGCCUGGAAGAAUACUUUUACCAAUCGAGGGUUAUGAGAUAAUGCCGCUAGUCUCUCUUAAAGAGUCUGUCCAGCCUCUGAAGUCACUCAUACCUAACAUCGAACAGCUGAUUAGAGUAGCUAAUAGCAAUGUUAAAACUACACUCGAUAGUCUAUCACCUGACGAGUCAGCUGCCAUUGUACUUUACUCUAUGCCAUGUUCGCCUAUCGAGGAUGCAUUCUACUUUAUUCUCAACAAAACAUUGCGUAUGAAGAAUCGAGACGCAUUACGACCAUGGUUUCUAUAUCUGAAACUCUUGAUUACAGCCCUUUCAAAACUACCGUCGAAAAGGCGUGUUGUUCACCGUGGAGUUACGAGAGACCUUAGUGCUGAUUAUCACCAAGGUGAAACGAUCGUUUGGUGGGGAUUUUCUUCUUGCACGUCAUGUUUGAAGGUGCUUCAAAACCAAAUAUUUUUGGGUGAGACCGGGAAACGAACGUUAUUUACAAUCGAUUGCCAUUCUGCUAAAGAUGUUCAGCAACAUUCCAUGAUAGCCAAGGAAAGUGAGAUCUUAUUACUUCCAGCUCGCCAAUUUAAAGUUAUUGCAAUCAUGGAUGUUGGCAAUGAUUUGCAUAUCAUACAUUUGGAAGAGGUUGAUCCACCAUCUCCUUUGCUCGCACUAUUGCCCAUGGGUGGUGUAUUACCGAAUUCCAUUCCCUAUUGCAAUGACCAACUUGAACAAAUUAUACGUAAUUGCCAAUCACGUCAAAUGGAUCUAAGUGGUCAACAGCUGAGUGAUCAAGAUAUGAGAAUUGUUGUUAAGCAGGGUAUUGUUGGCAAACAGUGCGCAACUCUUGAUUUGAUGAAGAGCGAUCUCACACUAGGCGCUAUCACGAUACUCAAAAAUGUAAUGCGUAAGAAAACAUUCUUGGAAGUACUGAAUAUUUCUUAUUGUGCUAUUGCCGAUUCGGGUGCGUGUUUGUUGGCAUCGGUAGUCAAUUCUUCAAAUCUUAAACGACUUGAUUUGGAAGCGAACGAUAUAUCUGAUAGUGGCGUAGAACAUUUGGCAAAAGCACUUGAAACAAAUACGACAUUACUUGACUUAUCCUUAAAACUAAAUCGGAUCAGUAGUCAGGGUGUGAACAAAUUAACCAAAGCGCUUGUCGGUGACAGCACGUGCCUCGAGAUUUUAAAUCUAGGUGCAAACGUUGAUGUCAAUGAUGAGAGUGUUGAUUCAAUAGUCGCCCUGAUAGAGCGUAAUCGUUCACUGAAGAAGCUUGACUUGCGGCACUGUAGUCUGUCAACACUUGGCAACGACAAACUUCGCCCAAUAGCAAAAGCAAGAAAAGGAUUCAUUCUAUGGCUGUCUAGAUGA